UUUUCUACAAGCCCUAUGUCAGUAGAAUAAGAAGUCUAUAGUAAGAAGCUGCUAGAAAAGAUCUUGUUUUAAAAGAAUGAUCUGUAUUUGGUCUGGUCAUGACUAGGUCUUAUCCCUUAUACAAGACUCAAGUUCUUUGAAAGCAGAUUCUUCUAGGUUCUUCUAUCUGCAUCCCUUCACCAUCCUUCGUGUCCUUGUUUAUAAUCGGGACUCCGUAUGUAUUGAAUUAAUAUAUCUGUGGCUCGUGACUGAAAGAUGAAUGAAUGUGCUCAAUUCACGUACUACAUUAUGCCUUCUUGCUACAGAGUCGAGGGGUGCUUUGAUAAAUAUCCGCGAUUGUUGAAUGCCCAAGCUGGCUACAGGUGUGGGGAAGUGGUAUAGAGUACUUUGAUCCUCCUCAGGAGAAGGAGAUGCUAAUGUGGAUAAUAAGAAUUUGCUUCUUUGUCUUCAGUUUCGGUUUGACCGCUUUGCUUCACUGAGUCACACAGCACUCGCUCUUCGGUGAUGGACAUGUCAUUUAAGCCUGAGACUGUCCCUUGGACUGUUUAUGACAUUGUAUCUGAAUUUCCCAUUACAUUAACAGCCAGCAUUUGUCAUAAAACUUCAAGAACACGUUAAAAGUUAUUUGGUUUGUAGUUGACAUUGAGAUUAACUUUCUCUAACCUAAACCAGUGAAAACCAAAAUGCUCCUCACCACAUAAAAGUUUUGCUUUCGCUGUGUUCAGACCCCUCCCACCUUCUCAGAGCACAGUCAUUUGGAGCCUAGUUUGGGGGCGGUGUGGUUGUAUCUCCGUGGUGUAUGACCCACUUUUUCGUAACACUUAAUUACCCGUGUUUUUACAGCACUAGUCAGAAGGUCUGACGAGAGUGGACUAUAACCCAAAAAAGAUUUUCUGAUACACCUCAUCAGGGCUGCUCUCGUACCGUGCGUUAUCGGAAGAAGGUGUUAGCUCUGCAGGGCAUGUGUUAACUACCAGAGGAUGACGGAACAUUUCCUCUAGUUUCUGGAUAAUGAGCAAGCACACAGGGUGUGAACGGCAUGUCUGUGGAUGAGAAGCCUGACUCCCCCAUGUAUGUGUAUGAGUCCACAGUCCACUGCACCAACAUCCUCCUGGGCCUCAAUGACCAACGGAAAAAGGAUAUUCUCUGUGACGUGACUCUGAUCGUGGAAAGGAAGGAGUUCCGGGCCCACCGGGCUGUGCUGGCCGCAUGCAGUGAAUACUUCUGGCAGGCGCUGGUUGGACAGACGAAAAAUGACUUGGUGGUCAGCUUGCCUGAGGAGGUCACGGCCAGGGGCUUCGGGCCGCUGUUACAGUUUGCCUACACCGCCAAGCUAUUACUCAGCAGAGAAAACAUCCGCGAGGUCAUCCGCUGCGCCGAGUUCCUGCGCAUGCAUAACCUGGAGGACUCCUGCUUCAGCUUCCUGCAGACCCAGCUCCUGAACAGCGAGGAUGGCCUGUUCGUGUGCCGAAAGGACGCUGCGUGCCCCCGCGCGCACGAGGACCGUGAGAACUCCGCGGGGGAGGAGGAGGAGGAAGAGGAGGAGACGAUGGACUCGGACACGGCCAAGGUGGCUUGCCCCAGGGACCAGAUGCUUCCAGACCCCAUCAGCUUUGAGGCCGCUGCCAUCCCAGUAGCAGAGAAGGAAGAAGCUUUGCUGCCCGAGUCCGAUGUGCCGCCCGACAGCAAGGAGAGCUCCGAGAAGGACGCGUUAAGGCAGUACCCCAGAUACAAGAAAUACCAGCUUGCAUGUACCAAGAAUGUCUAUAAUGCAUCAUCACACAGUACCUCAGGUUUUGCAAGCACAUUCAGUGAAGAUAACUCUGGCAACAGCCUCAAGCCGGGGCUUGCCAUGGGGCAGAUUAAAAGUGAGCCGCCCAGUGAAGAGAACGAGGAAGAGAGCAUCGCGCUCUGCCUGUCCGGAGAUGAGCCUGACAUCAAGGACAGAGCGGGGGACGUCGAAAUGGACCGGAAACAGCCCAGCCCUGCCCCCGCCCCCGCCCCCCCUGCCGGGGCCACCUGCCUGGAGAGAUCCGGGAGUGUGUCCUCCCCCUCCUGCUUAAGGUCUCUGUUCAUAACAAAAAGUGUGGAGUUGUCUGGCCUGCCCGGUACCUCUCAGCAGCACUUUGCCAGGAGUUCAGCGUGCCCUUUUGACAAGGGGAUCACUCAGGGUGACCUUAAAACUGACUACACCCCUUUCCCGGGGAGUUACGGACAGCCCCACCUGGGCCAGAAGGACGUGUCCAACUUCACCAUGGGGUCGCCCCUCAAGGGGCCUGGGUUGGAGGCUCUCUGUAAACAGGAAGGAGAGCUGGACCGGAGAAGUGUGAUCUUCUCCUCGAGCGCUUGUGACCAAGUGAGCACUGCGGUGCAUUCAUAUUCUGGGGUAAGCAGUUUGGACAAAGACCUCUCUGAGCCGGUGCCAAAGGGUCUGUGGGUGGGGGCUGGCCAGUCCCUCCCCAGCUCACAGGCCUACUCCCACGGUGGGCUGAUGGCUGACCAUUUGCCAGGAAGGAUACGGCCCAACACUAGCUGCCCGGUGCCAAUCAAAGUCUGCCCUCGCUCGCCCCCCUUGGAGACCAGGACCAGGACCUCCAGCUCGUGCUCUUCCUAUUCCUACGCAGAGGACGGGAGUGGGGGCUCACCCUGCAGCCUCCCUCUCUGUGAGUUCUCCUCCUCGCCCUGUUCCCAGGGAGCCAGAUUCCUUGCCACAGAACAUCAGGAACCAGGCCUGAUGGGAGAUGGAAUGUACAACCAAGUCCGACCCCAAAUUAAAUGUGAGCAGUCUUAUGGAACCAACUCCAGCGACGAAUCCGGAUCGUUCUCGGAAGCAGACAGUGAGUCGUGUCCUGUGCAGGACAGGGGCCAGGAGGUCAAACUUCCCUUUCCUGUAGAUCAAAUCACAGAUCUUCCAAGGAAUGAUUUCCAGAUGAUGAUUAAGAUGCACAAGCUAACCUCAGAACAGUUAGAGUUCAUUCACGACGUCCGACGGCGCAGCAAGAACCGCAUCGCGGCCCAGCGCUGCCGCAAGAGGAAACUGGACUGUAUUCAGAAUUUAGAAUGUGAAAUCCGCAAAUUGGUGUGUGAGAAAGAGAAGCUGUUGUCAGAGAGGAACCAGCUGAAAGCCUGCAUGGGGGAGCUGCUGGACAACUUCUCCUGCCUUUCCCAGGAAGUGUGCCGCGACAUCCAGAGCCCCGAGCAGAUCCAGGCCCUGCACCGGUACUGCCCCGUCCUCAGACCCGUGGGCCUCCCCGCAGCCUCCAGUAUUAACCCUGCGCCCUUGAGCGUGGAGCAGAACCUGGCCGCCUCCCAGUGCGCGGUGGGGGAAACCGCCCCCUGCUGCCUGGAGCCGGGAGCGGCUCCCCCCGGGCCCCCCUGGGUGCCUGGCAACACCUCGGAAAACUGUACUUCCGGGAGGAGGCCGGAAGGCGCUGACCCCGGAACCUUCUCGGAGAGAGGGCCUCCUCUUGAAUCCAGGAGCCAGACGGUGACCGUGGAUUUCUGCCAGGAGAUGACCGAUAAGUGUACGACCGACGAACAGCCCAGGAAAGAUUACACCUAGUGACGCGGCCUGCCUCCCAGUUCUCAAGCCUCUCCCACCCAGGUGUUCUCCGGUCAGCCUGUGGUGCUGCUCAUCUGUUGUCUGGAAGAACCGAGAAGGAAUUUGGUGCACACUACAGCGUUCUUAGCAGCAAUACUGUUUCUGAGUAUUCCCUCCUCUCUUCAAGCGGGAGUGAUAUACAGUUCCCUUCACAAUGGUGCUACCCCUUGCUCAGGCGAGGAAAGACGGGCGGUGCUGACGCUGCCUGUCUGUGGGUUAAUUUCAGUCUCAACAGGGAUAGACUAGAACACCUCUAGGACCCAACCACGGAUUUUUUUUCUCAGUGGCCCAUGUCACAAACCCUAUCUCAGGAAUUUCUUCUGAAUGUUCAAUUUUUUUCAUUGAAGACAGCUUCUAUACACAUCAAAGUUUUAUAGCUAGACUGUACAUAUUAUAUAUAUAAUAUAUAUAUAAGAUAUAUAUAUAUCCAUAUGCAAAAGUCCUGCAUGCCUCAAUUUUCUCAUCCUAAAACUGGAAAACUUCAUUUCUCAUUUAUAAACAGGUUCCAACAUUCCUCUUCUUUUGUCUCCGAUGCUAGAACUAGUUUGGUAACUGUUAACAUGGUCACUUUUCUUGCUUCACAGUUCAAUUUCAAUUUGUACUUAUUUAUGGAACAGAAUUCAAUGUUGGAAACUUCUUUUGAGGCUUUAUUUCAGACCCUUUUUUUGUUUGUUUGGUUUGCUUUGGGCACCGUCAGAUGGUGUCAUCUGAGUGUUGUGGGUUGUUUUUUUGUUUUUGUUUUUCUUGCAGAUACUGUACAGUCAUGGUCAACUUUGCCACUUGCACUGAGUUUUGGGUCAAACCUAUUUUCUUAAAUGAAGUUGUUAACUUCGGUAUAACUCGAGUAUACUGUAUAUUCUUUGCUUUUAGUUUAAAAGUAAGACAUUUUAGCUAAUUAAAAAGCACUCAGGUGAUAAUUAUGUAGGAAAAAUAAUCUUGCCAAAUAAUGAAUUCAUCCUAGGAUGUGUAGACAAUAAUCUGCUUGAAUAUUUUUAUAUUUCACCUCCUCCCCACCUUUCCCAGAAGCAAAGUUUAAAUGCAGAGAGUUCAGAGUUGAUGCUGGAUGUUCAGACUCCUAAGUGGGGAGAGUUUGGACGUCCACUCAAAAGUGCAUCCAAACAGCAGGAACCCAUGAUUUUGUACCAGAACUCAGCAGGCAUUGGCUCCUAAAAAUCAAGUUAGAACUAUUUUCUCACCCAGGGGGCAAGUCCCAUUCAUUUCAACCCAUCCUCAGGCUCCUGCCUGCCCGUGAAAGUGCAGUGCAGGAGGAAUUUCUUGGAAGGAUUUGUCUGAUCAGCCACCCCACUCCCUUGCCCAGGCCCCAGCUCCCAGGACAUCUCACCUGAGUGGGUUUGAAUCACAGUGCCAGGCGUCCUGGGUUAAUGCAGUUCACCCAGAGUAGGAGAGAGCAGGGCACAUGUAAGCCUGGGGUCUGUCCCUAAUACAGGCAAAAGCAUUUCUUUCUCCCUCCCUUCUCCAAAUGCUUUGAGUUGAAUUCUGAGGUUUUUCUGCUCGUCUCUUGUCCAAAGGCAGAUUUCAUUCUGAGGCUUUGGAUACAGUAUGGCCAAGGAGCCCUCCCUAUCCCCUUCCCCCACCACACACACACCUACCCUCACCUGAUGAUAAUUUUCUUCUCUUGCUGCAAAACUGGUUGGCUUGCAACCCACAGAGAGCAGCUUCCCUUGGCUCUGGGGGCGUGCUGGCCCCUGGCCACGUUUACAGGAAGAUGUGCCCAAGACCCUGCCGCCAGCCUAAGAGGAGGAGGAAUCCGCUCCCUCCCUCCGGUCGGCCCUCCAGCCUGGCUGCAGGUAGAGUCCUGAAAGGUUUGAUGUGGGGAUGGGGUGGUGGGCAGUGGGGACUAGAUGGUUGACUUUGUUUCUUUAUUUGUGCCAUUGUUUGGACAAUAUUAAAGCUGCAUGUAAAAGGGGAAAUUAGUAUAUGACGUAGGCGAAAAGUGAAAUCAUAGUAACAUAUGUUUUAGUAUUAUUAACUCUUUUCUGUACAAAUAUUAGCGCUAAAUGUUUAAAUAUGUAUGAAUGCCAGAAAUUUGUUGGUUCAUGCGGUAGGAUAAAAAAAAAAAAAGGCUUUUCUUUUAAAAUAGUUCCGCUUUUAAAACCUGCCUCUGGGUUUUUGUUUUUUCUCGUGUGCGUGUGUAUGUGUGUGUGCUAGUCUGAGUCAGAUUUUGGUAAAGCUCAGCGUUGGAGCUGCCAUUUUUAUUAUGGUUGUUGGAAUUUCUUGGCCUAGUGGAACGGUUCUGUGCUUCACCGUGGGGUUUGCCUUUGUGGAAAACUGGUGACAGCUGGAAUUUAAAUUCAAUGUGAAUCAUGUGAUACAUCACAGGUGAUAUACAUCCACAGGUGUUAAUGGUGGAGGAGUCAGCCAACAGUAUUGUUUAACUCUCAUGUUGCCUUUUUUAAGUGACCUCCUCUUCUUUUGAAAAACGAAUGUUUUCUGCUAGUAUCAUAACCAGGUCCAAACAAGCUCGCUGGCAUGACUUACCCUGGCGACAACUCAUGUGCAACUGGUAGUCUUGACCACAUUCCAUCAGUCUCCCCGCUGUCUGUUGUUUGGUCCGUACACACACACCUGUGCCACGGCCAUUUCCAGGUGGGGAGGGGUCUCCUUAUUUCCCUCCACCCUAACUCAGCCCACAUCCUCCUUCCACCCACCCCCGCCUCGCUUUUCUCCCCCUUCCCCAGUCAAACCCCUACAAUGGGACUGGUUAAAAACACUGCUUGGAAAACUGUCUUUCCAUUUCUUAGAGAUUUUUAACAGGUUGUUAUGAUUUUGUUCACUAUGUACCAUAAACAGUGACUGGCUUUGUGCAAUUGUCUUUGUGACUUGUCUUGUCUUUUACUACCCUGAACCAUGUGUUCAUCCAAAUUGUUUCUGGGUUGAUUCAAAGGGAGGACUAGUUGGGGACCAGAAUCCAAAUUGCCUCAAGUGGAGUUUUAAGAACCAGCCUGUCUCCUUUCCCUGGGAUCCCUUAGUGAGGCCCAUGUCUUUUAUGAAAAAGAAAAGCAAGUUAAUAGCAAAGAACAGUGUUUGCACAGCAUGGUGGCAUUUAAUUGUGCUUUUAAGGGUCCUUCCUUACAAAAAUAAAGGACCCUGCUGCCAUGGCCUGCUUAGGAGGAUCCCUGCCACAGCCGAGUUGGGUCUCCAAAAACGUAGGCGUGAGCCGUUGGGGCAGGAACAGUGGAGGUGGCCCUGUGGCUGGUUAACAUCCGCCUGGAUCUAGUCCUCCCCUUGGAUCCACCUUUGUUCUACUUGUAUGUCCAGACAACCUCACUUCAUUCAGGUUGGUCAGGCUUUGGGCAGGUGAGUGCUUUGCUGUAUGUGUUUGUUUCUCUGCGUUAUCUGGGGGUGCCUUGAAUAAAAUCAAACUUCAUUACAUACUGAUUCUGGAACAAAACAGUUGCGAAAACAAAACAAAAGAGCUGUCAAACUUACUAGGCCAUCCUGCUAUUUCUAUUCCGGGUUCCCUACCAAUGACUCAGGCGUCAGAGGUGAUGCUGCAGUAUAAAACAUUAUUUUGUAUAUUGUACAAGUAAUUUAUUAACUGUCUUUCUAAAAGUAUGCUGCUUUUAAGAUGCACUAUGACUUUGGAUUUAAUCCUUGUAUUGCUUUCCUGAGGAAGUAAAAAAAAAA